UAUCUCCAGCCCAGUAAAUCACCAAGUAACUCCUUCAUGCAAGUCAGACUUCUUCACACAGACAGGAAACCAAAGGUAGGAUCGAUCUUAGCAUUUGAAAUCAGGACCACUGAAAUUACUUCCAACAUAUACUAUCAAAUUAUUUCAAAAGGCGGGAUUAUUGAAUCAGGGGGCCUUGAUAUGCAAUCUUCAAAACUGAAGAGAUUUAACUUGACGAUAAUAAAAGAAAUGACACCUAGGGCACGCCUUAUCACCCAUUACGUCAGGAAGGACGGCGAAAUUGUAGCAGAUGCUAUCAGCUUUAAUAUUGACGGAAGCUUUGAAAACAACAUAGAAAUAGACUUUGACGUUCAGGAGACACGCCCCGGAAAUGAAGUGGUGGUGUCCAUCAAAGCGGACCCGGAUUCCACGGUUCAUUUGUUGGCGGUAGAUAAGAGUGUACUGAUUUUACGUAAUGACAACGACAUCAAAGAAAGCACGGUGCUUGAAGAAUUGAAAAGUUACGACCAGUACUGCUCAUAUGGUUCCUGCUUCAUUCGGGUACCCAGCCUCUUCGGAGUAGAAGAUACUGAUGAACUGUUCCAGGAGAACAAUUUAGCUGUUCUUACGGACGCCAUGGUUUAUAAAACCCCACGUCCUCCUUUCGAGAUUGUAUCUGUGAUGAGAAGUGACAGACGUGUAAGCAUUGGUGGUUCUAUAGCAGAACCAAAAAAGCAUGUUCGAACGUUGUUUCCAGAAACCUGGUUUUGGUUAAAUAAAACAAUAGGCCCGGACGGUAUGACGUCACUCAGUGUUCCUGUUCCUGAUUCUAUCACUACCUGGGUCGCUACAGCAUUUGCUGUCAACCCUAACUCUGGACUGGGACUGGACCCGUCCCCUGCUAACCUUAGAGUGUUUCAGCCUUUCUUUGUGAGUCUGACUUUGCCUUACUCCGUUAUACGAGGGGAACUAGUGGUUCUUCAAGUUAAUGUGUUUAACUACCUAAAGAAAGAUAUCAAGGUUCUCGUUAUCAUUAAUAAAAACACGGCCUUCAAAAAUGUCAUCACCUACCUAAAAGACAACCAAGCAAAAACCGGGAGAUUUUCAUUCAGAAUUGGACGAACAUUCAAUAUAGCACCUGGGGAGAUCUAUCCUGUCUAUUUUCCUAUUGUUCCUUCCGAGAUCGGUGAUCUUAAAAUUAAUAUCACCGCCACGUCAACUGGUGCUAGUGAUUCCAUUAUCCGGACUCUCAAAGUAGAGCCCGAAGGACUUGAGAAGGAAUUAAACAACCCUGUGCUGAUAAAUACUGGUGAUUCUGGCACAUUUUCCGAAGAUGUAAGAAUAGAAUUUCCACCAAAUACUGUGGCCGGAUCAAGGCGUAUUAGGGCAUCAGUUAUUGGUGAUGUGAUGGGUCCAUCAAUCAAUGGACUAGAUUCGCUACUGAAGAUGCCAUAUGGAUGUGGUGAACAGAACAUGCUGAACUUUGCUCCCAAUAUAUUCGUACAGAAAUACCUAAAAGUUACAAAUAACCUAACACCAGACCUAGAAAAGAAAGCUAAAGAAUACAUGAUCAAAGGUUACCAGAGGCAGAUGACAUAUGUCCAUCCAGACGGAUCAUACAGCGCUUUUGGCAAGAGUGACGCUUCAGGUAGUACUUGGUAA